AUGUCUUACUCCACUCGUCAAAUUGGUGCUGCUAACAGCUUGGAAUACAAAGUUUUCAUCGAACAAGAUGGUAAACCAGUUUCUCCAUUCCACGAUAUCCCAUUAUACGCUAAUAAAGAAAAAACUAUCUUAAAUAUGAUUGUUGAAGUUCCAAGAUGGACUAACGCUAAAUUAGAAAUUUCUAAAGAAGAAAAAUUAAACCCAAUCAUUCAAGAUACUAAAAAAGGUAAAUUGAGAUUUGUCCGUAACUGUUUCCCUCACCAUGGUUAUAUUCAUAACUACGGUGCUUUCCCUCAAACUUGGGAAGAUCCAAAUCAAACUCAUCCAGAAACAAAAGCUAAAGGUGAUAAUGAUCCUUUGGAUGUUUGUGAAAUUGGUGAACAAGUUGCCACUGUUGGUCAAAUCAAACAAGUUAAAGUCUUGGGUAUUAUGGCUUUAUUAGAUGAAGGUGAAACCGAUUGGAAAAUUAUCGUUAUUGACGUUAAUGAUCCAUUGGCUGCUAAAUUAAAUGACAUUGAAGAUGUCGAAACUCACUUACCAGGUUUAUUAAGAGCCACUAAUGAAUGGUUCAGAAUUUAUAAAAUCCCUGAUGGUAAACCUGAAAACCAAUUCGCUUUCUCUGGUGAAUGUAAAAAUAAAAAAUACGCUAACGAAAUCAUUGCUGAAACCAAUGAAGCUUGGAACAGAUUAAUUAAAGGUACCUCUGCUGACUCUAAAGGUAUUGAAUUAACUAACACCACCUUAUCUACUUCUGCUACCUUCACUGAAGAUGCCGGUGUUCCUCAAGCUGCUCCUCUCCCAGCUGCUCCAAUUGAUAAAUCCGUUGACAAAUGGUUCUUUAUCUCUGGUGCUCAUUAA